GUGAUGAGCAUGGACGGUUCGGGGCGGCAGGUGUUGGUCGAGGACAAACUCCCUCACAUCUUCGGCUUCACGCUGCUCGGAGACUUCAUCUAUUGGACGGACUGGCAGCGGCGCAGCAUCGAACGCGUCAACAAACGCACGGCAGAGCGAGAGGUGAUCAUCGAUCAGCUGCCGGACCUCAUGGGGCUGAAGGCCGUCAGCGUGCACCUGGCCUCAGGAACCAACGCCUGCUCUGAGUUAAACGGCGGCUGCAGUCACCUCUGCCUCUUCACUCCUCGAGGAGUGAUCUGUGGAUGUCCCAUCGGUCUGGAGCUGGUCUCCGACAUGAAGAACUGCAUCGUCCCCGAAGCCUUCCUGCUGUUCUCCAGACACACGGACAUCCGCCGCAUCUCGCUGGAAACAAACAACAACAACGUGGCCAUCCCGCUGACCGGCGUCAAGGAGGCGUCCGCGCUCGACUUCGACGUCACCGACAACCGCAUCUACUGGACCGACAUCACGCUGAAGACGAUCAGCCGGGCCUUCAUGAACGGCUCGGCUCUGGAGCACGUGGUGGAGUUCGGGCUGGAUUACCCCGAGGGGAUGGCUGUUGAUUGGCUGGGGAAGAACCUCUACUGGGCGGACACGGGGACCAAUCGCAUCGAAGUAUCCAAACUGGACGGGCAGCACCGGCAGGUUCUGGUGUGGAAAGACCUGGACAGCCCGCGGGCGCUGGCUCUGGACCCGGCUGAGGGGUACAUGUACUGGACGGAGUGGGGGGGGAAGCCUAAGAUCGACCGCGCGGCGAUGGACGGGACGGGGCGUCUCACUCUGGUCUCGGACGUAGGGCGAGCCAACGGACUCACCAUCGAUUACGCUGAGCGGCGCCUCUACUGGACAGACCUGGACACUACACUCAUUGAGUCCUCCAACAUGCUGGGUGAGGAGCGGGAGGUGAUAGCAGACGACCUCCCUCACCCCUUCGGCCUCACCCAGUACCAGGACUACAUCUACUGGACGGACUGGAGCCAGCGCAGCAUCGAGCGCGCCAACAAGACCAGCGGGCAGAAUCGAACCGUGAUUCAGGGCCACCUGGACUACGUGAUGGACAUCCUGGUGUUCCACUCGUCACGGCAGGGGGGCUGGAACGCCUGCGCCGCCACCAAUGGGCACUGCUCUCACCUGUGCCUCGCCGUGCCAAUCAGCGGCUUCGUCUGUGGAUGCCCCGCCCACUUCCUGCUCAACGGAGACAACAAGACCUGCAGCGCCCCCACCUCCUUCCUGCUGUUCAGCCAGAAGACGGCCAUUAACCGCAUGGUGAUGGACGAGCAGCAGAGCCCCGACAUCAUCCUGCCCAUCCACAGCCUGAGGAACGUCCGCGCCAUCGACUACGACCCGCUGGACAAGCAGCUGUACUGGAUCGACUCCAAGCAGAACGUCAUCCGGAGGGCCACAGAGGACGGGAACCAGAGCAUGACGGUGGUGUCCAGCCCGCUGCAGGGUCCUGGUUCUGGUUCUGGUCCUGGUGGUUCUGGUCUGCAGAUUUACGACCUGAGCAUCGACGUGUUCAGCCGCUUCAUCUACUGGACCAGCGAGGUCACCAACGUCAUCAACGUCACGAGGACCGACGGCAGCCGAGUGGGCGUCGUUCUGCGCGGAGAGCACGACAAACCGAGAGCCAUCGUGGUGAACCCAGAGAGAGGGUACAUGUACUUCACCAACCUGCAGGAGCGCUCCCCAAAGAUCGAGCGUGCGGCGCUGGACGGGACGGAGCGAGAGGUUCUGUUCUUCAGCGGCUUGGGGAAACCGGUCGCUCUGGCCAUCGACAACGAGCUGGGGAAACUGUUCUGGGUCGACUCGGACCUGCGGAGGAUCGAGAGCAGCGACCUCUCCGGAGCGAACCGCAUCGUGAUGGCGGACUCGAACAUCCUGCAGCCGGUGGGGCUGACGGUGUUCGGGGGGCACCUCUACUGGAUCGACAAGCAGCAGCAGAUGAUCGAGCGCAUUGACAAGAACACCCGGGAGGGAAGAACCAAGAUCCAGGCGCGCAUCGCCUACCUGAGCGACAUCCACGCCGUGCACGAGCUCGACAUGCGGGAGUACAGUAAACACCCGUGCACCUGGGAGAAUGGUGGCUGCUCCCACAUCUGCAUCGUGAAGGGAGACGGGACGACCAGGUGCUCGUGUCCUGUUCACCUGGUGCUGCUGCAGGACGAGCUCUCCUGUGGAGAGCCUCCCACCUGCUCCCCUGAUCAGUUCUCCUGCAGCUCAGGGGAAGUGGACUGUAUUCCUCACGCCUGGCGCUGUGAUGGAUAUCCAGAAUGUGACGACAGCAGCGACGAGCAGAACUGCCCCGUGUGCUCCGAGGAGGAGUUCCAGUGCGACAGCAGGCAGUGCAUCCAGAUGAAACUCAGGUGCAACGGAGAGAAGGACUGCCAGGACGGGACCGACGAGAGGGAGUGUGAAG